AUGCGCUGGUCUUCAGUCACUCGUUCGUCCGCCCCCUCUUUUGCCUUCGUGGCUCUGUCGCUCGUUUCUGCUGUUGUAGCCCAAGGACCCACUGACGAGGCUAGCGAAGCUGCUAUCAAAGAUCCCUACCAAGAAUGCGCAGGCUACAAUUAUGACCCUGUAUCGAGCCAGUCCUCCAAAUUCCCCACCAACUGGCAAGUCGCGCAAAUCGUCCCGGGAGACCAGGAGGCUACAGACAAGUGGAACUCGAUCCAGAGCCUCGUCCCGGCCAACAUUCAGGUCAAGGGCACCCAGCCCGCAUCGCUCAUGGGCGAUUUCGGUGGCUUCAACUACGACCCGAGCGACCCGGAUUGUUGGUGGACGAACACCAAGUGCUCUACGCCGAAGCACCAGGGCAUUCCCGCCGAUAUCAUUUCGAUGCCAGAGCCGGAUACUCUCGGUUACGGCUUCGAUGAUGGCCCGAACUGCUCGCAUAACGCGUUUUACGAUUUCUUGCAGGAGAAGAACCAGAAGGCCACGAUGUACUAUAUCGGUAGCAACGUCCAGAACCAGCCUCUCCAGGCCCAGCGUGCUGUUACCGAUGGUCAUGAAAUCUGCGUUCAUACCUGGUCCCACCACUACCUGACUGCGCUCACCAGCGAGCAGGUCUUUGCCGAGUUCUGGUAUACUCUCAAGAUGAUCAAGCUUGCGACUGGUGUUACGCCCACCUGCUUCCGCCCUCCCUUCGGUGACGUCGAUGACCGUGUCCGCGCGAUUGCGAACGCUCUCGGUCUGGUAAACAUCGUCUGGAAAUACGACUCCAACGACUGGCGCGCCGACUACGACGGCUACACCGAAGCCCAGGUCGACCAGAACUACCAGGACUUCAUUAACACUGCCAACGGUGGGGCGUUUACCACGGAGGGUGCGAUCAUGCUCACGCACGAGCUCAACAACUUCACCAUGUCCGAGGCGAUGAAGUUCUACAGCCAGCUCCAGGGCGCGUUCAAGCACAUCGUUCCCGUUGGCGUCGGAUACAACCGCACCCAGCCUUACCUUGAGACCAACUAUGGCUUGCCCUCGUUCGAGCAGUACAUCGGCGGCCAGACGACAGUAUCGGGCAGCGCGGUUCAGCCCCAGAGCAGCAGUUCGUCGGCGUCCCUGUCCUCGAGCAGCCAGUCUUUGUCGACUGCUUCGCAGACCUCUUCCGCGACCUCAGGAUCCGCUACCCCGUCGACCACGGGCUCAUCCCUCAGCUCCGAUCCCGGAUCCAAGUCGAACGGCGCGGCGUCUGCGAUGUCGCCCCGCUUCGGCGCUCUGCUCGCCGCUGGCGCGUUCGUCGGCAUGCUUGUGUUCUCGGCUUAA